AUGAUUUUACUAUCACAAUUAAACACAGUUCAGUCGAAUUGUUCACAUCUUGAAUUAUGCACCUGUGAUAGAAAUGAAGUGAUAUGUGAUGCUAAUUAUGGGAAUCAAACUGAGCAUAGUAAUUUUUCCUUGUUAACAUCAUUACCGUCGGUCGACAGCUAUUAUUUUCGUAAUUUUAACGAAAUUCCAGCCCAUGCUUUUCAAAAUUUAACAUUUCUUAGUAAUCAUGCAAUAACUAUUCAUCUUAUUAAUGUAACAGUAAUUCGUUCGAAUGCAUUUUCGACGAGUAUGAUUAUUCCGGAUAAAUCAACAAUAUCAAUUAAUAUUGAACGUUCAACUAAUUCAUCGAGUAUAAUAUUACAAUCAAAUGCAUUUAAUGGAAUAAAAAUGAAUAGCCUACGAUUUUUUAAUAUAAACAAUUUCAAUGGACGUCCAAUAUUUGAUACGAAUUGCUUUGGUGAGAAUUUGCAAAUUGAUCAAUUAAUUUUUGAACAAUCUGGCAUAACUGGAUUCUCAACUACUGUGCAAAAACCUCCGACUGUUAAAUAUUUACGUAUUCAUGCAUGUCCAGCAUUUACACAAUUAACAAGUAAAAGUUUACCAUCAUUUCUUUCAACAACAGAAUCAUUAGAGAUUUCAAACACAGGACUUCAACUUAUCAAUGCUCAUACAUUUCAAUCAGAAUCACGCGUACUUAAAGAAUUAAUCAUUCGUGAUAAUAGUAAUUUUAAAGUGUUUUCUUCGAAUAUAGUUGAUGGUGUUUUAAAAAAUUUAGAAAAACUGGAUUUAAGUAAUAAUCCCAUUGAUGCACUUGUAGAAAAUUAUGAUUGGUCCGCGUACAGUUAUGCAAAACAUUUAGUAUUAAAACAACAGCAAAUUGAUUUAUUUCUUAAGACAAAAAUAUUGAAUACUUUAAAAGAUUUGAGAGUGAUUGAUAUUUCCGAAGGAUUUAUUCGAGAAGAUAAUGAGGAUUUCGUACAGAAUUAUUUUCCGAAUAUGCCUCAUCUCCUGUCACUUAAUGUAUCAAAUACAAAUCUUACGGAAAAUAUGAUUGUUAAUUUACUAGGACGUUUAAGUAAAUCAAUCAAUCAAACAUUAACAAUAAGUUUACUGGGACAUACGCUCAAUGAUCGUGACUUUUGUUUAUUUUAUAAAAUAUUUCAGAAAACAUCUAAUCUACUUCAACUUGAAUUAGAUGAAACACACGAAUGUAAUUGUAUUGUUGGCUUAUUUUACAAUGAUAAAAAUGAAUCGAUCGCCGUAGAUGUUACCUUAAAAAAACCAAUUUGUCUGUUGAAUAAUACACGAACACGUUGUGAUACUCAAUCACAAUCAAUCAUAUCAAAAUGUCCAAUCGAUAAACCAAAUCCGAGUGGACCAGGUGCAAAGGGUAUUGAUGGACUUGUUGGUGCUUUGAUUGGAGUCGGUGUUGCGAUAUUGGUGAUUUUGAUAGCAUUUGGUUCGGCAAUAGCCUAUCGGCGAUGCCGAGUAGAUCGACGUUUGACUCUCAUUGAUAUGGAAGAACCUAUUGAAAAUCCAUUAGCAGUAAUUAUGGAACAACGUUCACAUGUUUCACAUUGA